AAGGAGGAGGAGGAGGAGGCGGCGGCGGUGGCGGCGGCGGCGGCGAUGGCUACAGAAGGAGGGAAAACCUCUGAGCCAGAGAAUAACAAUAAAAAAACCAAAACCUCAGGCUCCCAGGACUCUCAGCCCUCUCCUCUGGCUUUACUGGCAGCUACUUGCAGCAAGAUAGGGACUCCUGGUGAAAAUCAAGCAACUGGACAGCAGCAGAUUAUCAUAGAUCCAAGCCAAGGACUGGUGCAGCUUCAGAAUCAACCACAGCAGCUAGAACUGGUAACGACGCAGCUUGCUGGAAAUGCUUGGCAGCUUGUUGCCUCCACUCCUCCUGCUUCGAAGGAAAAUAACGUUUCUCAACCAGCUUCUAGUUCAUCCAGUUCUUCCAGCAGUAAUAACGGGAGUUCAUCUCCUACAAAAACGAAAUCAGGUAAUUCUGCCACCCCUGGUCAAUUUCAAGUCAUCCAAGUCCAGAAUCCUGGUGGUAGUGUACAGUACCAAGUGAUUCCACAGCUCCAGACAGUGGAAGGUCAGCAAAUUCAAAUCAACCCGAGUAGCUCAUCUCUCCAGGAUUUGCAGGGUCAAAUUCAGCUCAUUUCUGCAGGUAAUAAUCAAGCUAUACUCACAGCUGCUAAUAGGACAGCUUCUGGGAACAUUCUUGCUCAAAACCUGGCAAAUCAGACAGUUCCAGUCCAAAUUAGACCCGGUGUUUCCAUACCACUGCAAUUACAGACCCUCCCUGGUACUCAGGCUCAAGUUGUAACAACUCUACCAAUUAACAUUGGAGGAGUAACUUUAGCUUUGCCAGUGAUAAACAAUGUGACUGCUGGAGGAGGGACUGGACAAGUUGCCCAGCCUACCACUACUACCGAUAGUGGGACUUCCAAUGGGAAUCAGUUGGUUUCCACACCCACCACCACCACUGCUUCUGCCAGUACUAUGCCGGAAUCUCCCUCCUCCUCCACUACCUGCACAACCACGGCUUCAACGUCUCUGACAAGCAGUGACACCUUAGUGAGCUCAGCAGACACGGGCCAGUAUGCAAGCACAUCAGCCAGUAGUUCCGAGCGCACCGUUGAAGAGUCACAAACACCUGCUGCUACUGAGUCUGAAGCCCAGAGCUCCAGUCAGCUUCAGCCUAAUGGGAUACAGAACGCACAGGAUCAAUCCAAUUCUCUUCAGCAAGUGCAAAUUGUAGGCCAGCCCAUUUUACAGCAGAUCCAGAUCCAACAGCCUCAGCAGCAGAUUAUUCAGGCUAUCCCACCCCAGUCGUUCCAGCUGCAGUCAGGGCAGACGAUUCAGACUAUCCAGCAGCAGCCUCUGCAGAAUGUUCAGCUUCAAGCCGUCAAUCCGACUCAGGUGCUUAUCAGGGCUCCAACUUUAACACCUUCAGGGCAAAUCAGUUGGCAAACUGUCCAGGUUCAGAAUAUUCAGAGUCUUUCAAAUUUGCAAGUUCAGAAUGCUGGGUUAUCCCAACAAUUAACCAUCACCCCAGUGUCUUCAAGUGGUGGCACAACCCUUGCUCAGAUUGCUCCUGUGGCUGUUGCUGGUGCCCCGAUAACUCUGAAUACUGCCCAGCUUGCUUCAGUGCCUAACCUUCAGACAGUGAGUGUUGCCAACCUGGGUGCUGCAGGAGUUCAAGUGCAGGGAGUUCCAGUAACAAUCACUAGUGUUGCAGGUCAGCAGCAAGGACAAGAUGGAGUGAAGGUCCAGCAAGCUACUAUUGCUCCUGUAACGGUGGCUGUUGGAGGAAUUGCUAACGCAACGAUAGGUGCUGUUAGUCCUGACCAACUCACACAAGUGCAUUUGCAGCAAGGCCAGCAGACUUCUGAUCAAGAGGCGCAGCCUGGCAAGAGGCUUCGAAGAGUUGCCUGUUCAUGUCCUAAUUGUAGGGAAGGAGAAGGAAGGGGCAGUAAUGAACCAGGAAAAAAGAAACAGCAUAUCUGUCAUAUUGAAGGAUGUGGAAAAGUUUAUGGUAAAACGUCUCACCUACGAGCACAUCUUCGCUGGCAUACUGGAGAAAGACCUUUUAUAUGCAACUGGAUGUUUUGUGGCAAAAGAUUCACAAGGAGUGAUGAGCUUCAGAGGCAUAGAAGGACCCACACAGGUGAAAAGAGAUUUGAAUGUCCAGAAUGUUCUAAAAGGUUUAUGCGGAGUGAUCAUCUCUCCAAGCAUGUCAAAACACAUCAGAAUAAAAAAGGAGGUGGGACAGCUCUUGCCAUUGUCACCUCAGGAGAACUGGACUCAUCUGUUACAGAGGUGCUCGGCUCCCCGCGAAUUGUCACAGUUGCAGCCAUUUCUCAAGAUUCGAAUCCAGCAACUCCCAAUGUUUCAACAAACAUGGAAGAAUUCUGAAAAGUUAUUUAUAGCAGAGACCUUGAGUGCUGCACUUACGUUUACACACCUUUGACAUCUGGAAACGGGCUGGUCAAGUGGAUUACAGAGUAGGAAAUCAUGUUCUCAUUGUUGGCUUUUUAAGUGUUCCAGGGUUUGGGUUCAACACAUGAAGUGUUGAAUUUUAAAGACUAGGAAAAGCAAACUGAUAUACUGGAAAUAGAAAAGUAUUUCCUCCAUGCUAUAAGUUGUACUUAUUUGGAAAUAUGUCACAUAAACUUUAAACCCAAUCCUCCCCUCCUUUAACAUCAUGUUGUUAACAUGCUUAAAACACAGACCUCAGUAGUUUGAAGGCUGGACCUUAAUUUGACCCUUUUUUUUUUUUUCCUUUUGGAAAUACUUUGUUAUAAAUUCAUUCAGUAACAACUUACAUUUCUUUUUCUGUAUAGCACAGAAAACAGAUAGCUAACUGAUAAUAGUAUAUUUCCUUAGCUUGAUUUUUGGAAUAUCAAUUCAAAAUAGUUUUGGCCGUCUUUUCUAAAUAUUCAAAAUUCUUCAAAAGUUAAAUUAGGUUAAGUUCCAAAACAGUAAUCUGGGGUACAUCUCAGAUCUUUAUUACCACUACAUUAUAGUAGUGUGUAUGCAGACAAUCAGUGAAAUCCAGUUUCUUUCUCCAUUUUGGAGACAUGGGAGAAACUUAGAGCUAAAGCUUAAAUUUUUUGACUGAAAUCUAGGAAAAUGCUGGGAAAAAAAAAUGUUAGAAAUCAUGAUAGCUUCAGAAAAAUAAAAUGAAGCAACUUAUCACACAAUGUUUUGAAGUUAGGAUGGAUUAUAUUCCUAACCUAUGUUGAACCAUAAAAUUUCAUUUUAAAUGUUUAUAUUGGAAAAAAACGUAGAUUACAGAUCUAUGUAAUUUCAUAUUCUGUAAAUACGAGUUUUGUUGACAGUGUGCAGAAUUCUUUAUGCGUUGACUUGGUAGCCAAAGAAAGAAUUACUAUGCUUUUGCAAGGCCAGCAUAAAAUUAUUUGAACUACAUUAUAAUUUUUGUUUUCCUUUACUGAAAACUGGCCAAUCCCAUCUUAUUUCUAAUACAGUUAGAAAGUUAAUUAGUGAUGUCUUUAUGUUGUUAUCAGUAUUUUUCCUUAAAAUCUAGACGGCCUAACAAAUAUAUAAUAGAUAGGAUAUUAUGAAACAAAAAAUUAUUUUUGAGAAACCAGAAUACUUUUCAGUCAAAUAGUAACUAAAGAAAAGAUAUAUUUCAUUGUUUAUGCAAAGUCUUAUAGAAAAGUGUCUUAUUAGGAAAGAUGGCCAAAAGUUUCUUACGAAAAUUUGGAUUAUUCUAUUAGGUUAAACAUUAGUAAGACACUUGAUGUUUUAAAAAAAAUUUACACAGAAUUAUAACUAAUGAAGUUGACCAUUUGGAAACUAAAGAUUUUUACCUGCUUGGUUUAUUAACAUCAUUUGGUUUGGGGACUAUUUGAAUAUAGGUACAUGUUUUCUUGUGCAUUCUUUAUUAUUUCUGUAAAGUACUACUCCUGCAAAUUCUCUUCCAAAAUUGUGAUGUUUCUUGUCAUUUUGAUGAAGGAGAGAUACUGUAAUGAUCACUGUUUACACUAUAAACACUUUAGGCCAGCCCUUUGUAGCGUUAUAUAAAACUGAAGGCCUUUUGUGCUUUCAGUUUGUAUAAAAAAGCUUUGAGAUUAAAAGGAAAAAAUUUUUACACUGUGGUUAUAAAUUUCAAGUUUCUUAAAGCUUUUGUAGACUUGUAACAAAGUCUUUAAAUUUUAGUUGGAUUUUGUAAAUUGUUUUGUAUAUUUUAUUUAAUGUAUUCUUAACAACUGAUGUAUCUGGCUUUAAAACAUCAGAAUCAGUUUAUUGUUUUGUUUGGUACAGAGGAGCAUUUUGGUAGUGUUAAUUUUAAUUUUAUUAUAUAGGAGCUGAAACAUCAAAUCUAUAUUUUAUCUAUCAUGCUACACAAUCAGUGCUAUAAAUUUUUUUAUGCAAAGAAACUUUCCUAAUGUUUUAAUCAUGUUUUCCUCUGAGUGAUACUUUUUGUUGUUAAUACCAAGUAUGAACACUCUGCAUCAUUAUCCCAUGACCCAGCUUUAAAGCAAACCCAUAUAUGUUCAUCAGCAGUGGAAGUUAGUUUUUAAUCAACAGUGAGGCCUAUUAUAAAUAUAUCAAACUGAAUCUGGAUAGCUUUAUAGCAUAUAAAAUAAUUUGUGUUAGCAAUUACACAUCUCACCACUGAAAUGAGAAAUAUUUUGACAGUCUGUUCUGCAUACCGUUCUGAGUCCACUUUCUGUCUUGGAACACCCGUAAGUUUCAGUGUCCUUUAUUUGACUCAGUGGGAUAGAGCUGUUAGAGUAAUAGGGCACAGAUGUGCAGUAGAGUCUUGUUUAAUGGCAUUUCACUGCUCAGUCCCUUUGCCGCCAUUAUGAAACUUUUCUUUCUUGUAAUUAUCAGUGCAAAGCUAUGUAUUUAUCAUGGUAGAACUCCAGUGUUAGACUAGUUUUUUCUUAUGGUAUACUUUCUUUGGUUAGGUUUGUGUAUGUGUUGCUGAUUACAUUAGAACUUGAUGUUAAAUCAUUAUUUAUCACACUCAUGAGAGCAGUAAUAAAAGUGUGUAAUCUAGGAGAAAAAGUUAAUUUGUCAAACUUAGAUAAGCAUGAUGUUUAGGUCCUAUUUUUCAAUUUUAUAACUGUUUUAUUGCAACAAUAUUUGUAUUUAAGUCUCCAUUUUAAUGCCUUGUGGUGUUUUUUAUGCAUGUCACUAAGUUGUCACCCCACAUAAAUUGAUGUGCAGCAUAGGGUAUUAAAUCUACAUAAUGAUUUUAAAACAGAAAUAGUUGAUGGUAAAAUGUAAAUGUUUUGCAAAACUUCCUUAUAAAAAGUUUCGUAGUAACAUUUCACUUGUAAAUUUUUUUGUAAAAAAGAAAAUGGAAAAAAAAAAAAAGAAUCCAGAACCAACCCUGUUUCCCAUAUCCUAGAAUUUAGACAAUUAUUCUGCCAGCAAAGCCUCUGGGGCUGUAAUUGACAUUUUUACAGUGCUUAUUUGUAUAAAAUUUGUUUUUUGUGGAUUUGGAAAUAAAAUCAUGUACAAGCUGUUGCCUGCAAUAACAAUUGCAAGUAACCUAUUAAAAAUUCCCUGGAGUUUAACAUGUUUCAUUUAAUUAUGUAUACUAAACAGCAGCAAUAAAUUGUUUGAACUAUCCACCUUCUUACCACAGUGAACACUGGAAGUUAAAUGCCUCACGCUAGAAAACAUUGGCAACCCGUCUUAAUUCCUGGUAGGAAGAUCUGGUCACCAUUUCUGAGCUCACCACCAAAGAAUACCAAUUUAAACUAUAUGUUAAUUUGUGGCCAUUACUGUAAACACUUACAGAAAUUAAAUUAUCAUUUAUAGAUACCUUUUACUUAAAUAUCUUAAGCAAUAAAUAUUAGCUAAUUGUAGGAAGAUCUAAAAAUGAAAAACACAGUUAAAAGAAUAUUUAAGCUCCCAGAAACAUGUAGAAACAAGGUAGGCCUCAUAGAUUCCAAAAAGUCUGUAAACAAAACCAGUCUUUUCUUCCUGGGAGAAAGCUCAUGAAGAACCUGACUGAUACGUGAGUGUAUUACUGUAAUGACUUUGGCAAGCACGUUUCCAAGCCCACUGGAACUGUACAGGGUAGGCGAGAACUGCAGGAUGUUAGGCAAAGAGGAAAAGUAAGCUGCGUACAAGACUCUAAAAGUCUUUAUUUAAAUCUGUAGUAAGCAAGAUCUGUGUAGUGUACCAGGACAUAGCCAGUGCUGCAAAGCCCUAAGGGCCAGCAUGGUCUAUGCUACAUCAUAUAUACGUGCAGAAUGUAUGUUCAUGGUAGUGACCAGACCAAGGAAUACUUAAAUUUAUACUGUGCUGUCCAGUUCGUCAGCAGAUUUUUCUACCACAAGUAAAGGUGUACAUCUUGAUCAGGACUGCUUCCUGGCCCCACUACUUCCUCUGUUUCAAGUUAAAGCUGUAUCAGUAUCCUAAAGAUCAAUUUAGGGUGACUGGCUCCCUUUAUUCCUCUUCCCAGUGGACAUUAAUAAAAUGUGCUUUUCAGCAAAAAAAAAAAAAAAAAAAGAAAACUACUUGAAAAAGUUACAUUUGUAUGCAUCAGGAUAAUAUUGCAUGAAAGGGAAUGAUGCAAUUCUAAAACAAAAUACAAUUUUUUUAAAAAUACAAUAAAAGUCUGGUUUUUGAACUAGGAAUUUCAACCACAGGAAUAAGAUCCAAUCAGAAAAUUGAGUGAAUCACUAUCAUAAUUUGUUGACAUAAAUCCAGGGGUGUAAUAAAUUCAAGAGAAGCGGAAGUGGUGGUGAGAGCAACACUGUUGUAGUAUUGUGUGGCUAAAGUGCUGCUUUUUCUGUUGCUUACAGUGCUAGUUUUAAAGAUGACUGAAGUCACAGAAAAAAUAGUGUUUGUCUUUUUAUUUAAAAGUUUAAUUACAGGGGUGUAGAGACUUGGUGUCGACCAGAAAUGUAAAGAUCCUUAUGUCUCAAUGAUUCUGCUAUGGUAUUUACUGCCUGAGCAGUAAUGUCCACAUAAUAAAUCAACUUUAAUUGUGUAGCAGGAGCUCAGUCACAGUCACGUAUUUCCAGUUGCUGGUUAGGAUAGCCCAGGGCUGCUCCUCUUUAGUUGCAGGUAGCAAUGAACUGAUUUAUUUUUGGAUACCUGAGAGUAAUCGCAAGUGGAAAUAGUGGAAGGAAGAGAAAGAAGAAGGAGGGAAAAAGCAAUAAAGGCCUGAUUGAGCAGGCGUGGUUAUGCAUGGAAAAAGUAGUAGCUCGUGGUCCGAGCCCUCAGACAUUGCGCCUCUGGGUCACCACUUACCAGCCACAGAACACGGACUGUGAUGAGUAAUACUCGGGGCUGCUAAGCACAUAAGCACCUGAUAGAUAGUAGCUUAGGGAAGUUGAAAGGGUAAAUGAUAAGGUAAUCCAAAACAGCUUACCUAGUUCAUUCAGACUGCUGCACCAAGGUAACAUAAACUAAGGCUGAUCAGCAAUAGAAAUACAUUUCUCAUAGUUUGGAUGCUGUAAAGUCCAAGGUCAAUGUUCUGGAAAAUCCUAUGUAAGUUCCCUGGUUCACAUGCUCCCUGAACAGCACUCACAGAAGGAAAAAAAGUGAUCCAGGUGUGGUAGCACACCUCGAAUCGCGGUACUCAGGAGGCAAAGGUAGGAAUUGCUGUGUGUCCUAGGCCAGCCUGGACUAGAGUGAAAUCCAGAUCAGCCUAGGCGAGAGUGAAACCACUUCGAAAACACCCCCCUCCAAAAAAAAUAAAUAAAGGAGUAAAGUGGUUUCUUGGGGCCAUUUUUUAAACUUUUUUAUUUUUAUGUUUUGAAGGGCAUGCGUUCCAUCUUGAAAGCUACAUUUGCUUGAUGCAGUCACUUCUUACAGGGCCACCUCCUCAUACUUCGUAUUAACUGGGUAUCAACAUAAGAAUUUUGGGAGACACUGAAUAUUUCCCAACAAGGCAAAUGCUGACAUGCUUUGAAAAGGAGCAAUACAUCGAAAAGUUAAUACUCAAAGUCACAGAAAAGGAAAGCAAUUUCAGUGGGAAUUCAUCAUUUCAACUGUGUAUUUUUCCCAAACUAUCUGUGAGCUAGUGUGGAGGUAUUCUCUUUUUAAAAUAUUUUGAUUUGUGACUAGAGAGAAUGGACACACAAGAAGGGCCUCUUGCCACUGCAAACGACUUUCAGCCACAUGCACUUCAUGCAUCAGUUUGUUGGGGAGUUCUGUGGAAUCAAACCUGGGCCAGCAGGCUUUGCAAGCAAACGCCUUUAACCACCUAGCCAUUGCCCCAGCUCUCUGGAGGUAUUGUAUGUCAAAAGUAUAUGAUGGUGGUCUUUCUGGAACACCUGGAUGCACAUGCCCUGCUGGAAGGCGAAUGUUCAUAUUCUGAUACAUGGAGACCACAUCUCCAGGCAGAAGCAAGCCUCGGGCAAUAUUGGGCCUGACAGCUAGAAUCAGGAGGCUAAGAUCAGGCAGGAGGCAGGAGGAAAUAAAACUUGCACAGUUGUCCCAAACACCAGCUUAUCCUAAAUCAUGAAUCAUGCCUUUCUAGGUGGUUGGCUUGUUUUAAAUUGUAUUUAUUACCCCGAUGAGAUGAAGUCUAAUCCUUUAUUUAUAGUAUUAUUUUUGUGACAUGGAAGCUUUAGUAAAGUUAUAUAUCUGCUAGUAAAAUCGCUCCUGGCUUGUAUAAUUUUUAUGCUGGAAUUAAGUACACGAGUAAUUCAUUCGUGGUGCUGUGUGAAUGAAGAGCAGCAUAGCUUCUAAGUAUUUGGUUGCCUACAAAUUUGAAGACCACUUUCAUGAAAAACACUUAAGGCAAACAAGCUAACAACAGCAGCAACGAAGAUUCCGGUUCAAUUUGCUGAUACUGUAAAUGGUUCCACCUUGAAUAUAACAUUUAUGUCUUUGCAGCUUUCUUUACAUUAGCUUAUUCUCUGUUAGGCCCACAUGUGUAUAUAUGGAAUGUUUGUAUAUCUGUUUGAUGAAGUAUCAUAUUUCUAAUUAAUUUAUAAGAAUUAAACGUGUGAGUUAUGGUUUCGUA